AUGAGCAAUCAGGCGCUGUAUGAGAAGCUUGAUCAGACGUGUGAAGUGCUGUCAACCAAAUUGAUCGAAAUCGUGAAGCUUUCGUCGAUCGAUGGAGCAGAUGGUGAGGACCCGGAAGCGAAUCUGUCCGAGACUUCGGUGGCGACAACGGGUGUGAUGUUGGUCAACAAUCAAACUAUGCAACUUAUCAAGAGGGUGCAGGACUUGCUGGUGCUCACAAGAAGUAUCCGGGAGAAGUGGUUGCUGAACCAGAUUCCGGAGCACGUAGACCGCGACAGUGAGAGCACAGACGCGGAAGAGCUGUCGAAUCUGCUUGAGCAAUGCAUGCAGGAGAUCACCGGUGAUGUGGAAGUGAAUUUGAAGUGA